AUCACGCAGCCUGAGUGACAGCGGAAGAGCAGCCACAUUUAUUUACGCCAGCUGAAAACGCCUUUUUUCGUUUAUUUAUUUCGGCUUUCUUCUUUCUUAUUUCGGGUGAUGAAACGGACAGCAGCCGCCGGCCCCGUGACGGUUGAGACCCGGCGGCUGAAGCACGCUCUGUCCGGUGUGUGCCGCAUGUUCCGGGGCGGACACAGCGGCGGUGAUUGAGGCCGGAGCCCGAGAAAGGUGGAUGGGCGCCCCCUAGCGGCAGCAUGAGUGCAGAGCCGGAUGCCCUGGCUGUGGUGAACCAGCUCCGGGACCUGGCCGCAGACCCCAUGAACCGCAGGGCCAUAAUCCAGGACCAGGGCUGUCUCCCUGGGCUCAUCCUGUUCCUAGACCAUCCUAACCCCCAAGUGGUCUACUCCGCUCUGCUGGCAAUCCGGUAUCUUUCUGAAUGCAGCGCGAACAGGGAGAGGCUGAAGGGAGAGCUGGGGAUGAUGCUCAGCCUCCAAAACGUGGUCCAAAAAUCCACAACUCCGGGAGAGACGAAGCUUCUGGCCUCGGAAGUGUACGAGCUGCUCCAGACAUCGGCUGCUCCAGAGCCCGAGUCUAGGGAAACGCCCAGCGCCCGCAGAAAGGCCCACUUCUUCCUGGGAGCGAGUAACAAGCGUGCCAAGACUGUGGUCCUACACAUCGACGGACUGGAUGACUCGAGUCGGCGUGGCUUGUGUGAGGAGGCCUUGCUGAGGAUCAGGGGAGUGAUCAGCUUCACAUUCCAGAUGGCGGUGAAACGCUGCAUCGUUCGGAUCCGCUCAGACCUGAAGACUGAGGCUCUGGCAUCUGCGAUUGCCUCCACCCAGGUCAUGAAGGCCCAACAGGUCGUCAAAGGAGAGAACGGAGAAGAGAUGCUCGUGCCGUUUCCAGAGGACAGCUCUGUGGAGGUGGAGCAGAACCAGGACUUGCCGGAGUACCUGCCCGAAGACGAGAGCCCGUCCCUGGACCCAGACCGUGCUGUGACUCGCGUGGGCUCCGCAGAGGAAGGAGCCAGCUGGUUAGGGGCAGCGGCCAACUUCCUGUCCCGCUCCUUCUAUUGGUGACAUCACUUCCUCCUGAGAUGUCAAUCAAAAUUAAAGGGCUGCUUCCUUGAGUGGCGCAGUACGGCCCAGUUUGGAUCACUUUGGCCCAGUUUGGAUCAGUCUCUGUCAGUAGAAGCAAAAUCCACCUGUGUAUUUGGGAACAAUUUCUAAUUCUUCAAAAUUCACAUGAACAUUAUUUUUACUACAUUUUCUGAACCUUUACUGUACCACUCCUGUGAGAAUGGCUUUAGUCCUGAUUCAGACCUGUUUUAAUCCUGGUUUUAUCUUGGUUUAAUCCUGUUUAAUCCUGGUUUUGACCUGGUAUGGACUUGGUUCAGUCCUGAUUCAGUCCUGGUCUGGACCUGGUUCGAGCCUGCUUUGGACCUGGUUUGGACCCGGUUUGGACCCGGUUUAGACCAUGUUUAUACUGGGUUUAGACUGGAUUUAGACCUGGUUUGGACCUGGUUUAGACCCGGUUUGGACCUGGCUUUGACGUUUCCGGACCUUGAUCGGACCUUGGCCAGACUUUGACCGGACCGGAAUGGUUUAGUCCUGUUUCACUGCAUUGACAUUUUCUUCAAAGUGGUGGGACCAGAUUCUGUUAAAACCAAAAUGUCUUAACACACCAGUGCCCUCCAAGACCUCGGUAAAUAUGAGCGAACCACUUUUGAAAUAUAAAUCAGUCUCCAAGUAUUAUUCAGAAAUGUUUUACUGAACCUGUUUAAAGGUGCAAGUAACUUUGCUGGAGUGGAGUCUACCACCUGCUUGCCUUCAUGGAGAUACUAUCUUGUUCCACACUGUGUCAUUAACUCAGUUUAUCUUGCAUUGAUUCAAUUUGUGGAGUAUUUAAAACUUCUUACUGUGAGCGGGGUCUCCUCCACACAGAUCUGACCUGUAACUUAACCUGGUGGUGUCACCUGUGUGUCCAUGGAGAUGGAUGUGUUUAAUUCCUUACUGUGGAACAUUCCAAGCAAAGCUCCAUAGAGACCAGCAGGUGACAGACCCACCUCCAGAAAAGUAGCAUAGUGCACCUUUAUUAAUCCACGCACUCCAGGCACUGGCAGGAGCUGGGCUUUGAGAAUCUACAGGAAUCAUUACCGGUUUUGUUUAGUCCUGGUUUAGUCCUGGUUUAGUCCUGGUUUAGCCCUGGUUUAGCCCUGGUUUAGCCCUGGUUUAGCCCUGGUUUAGUCCUGGUUUAGUCCUGGUUUAGCCCUGGUUUAGUCCUGGUUUAGUCCUGGUUUAGUCCUGGUUUAGUCCUGGUUUAGCCCUGGUUUAGCCCUGGUUUAGCCCUGGUUUAGUCCUGGUUUAGCCCUGGUUUAGUCCUGGUUUAGUCCUGGUUUAGUCCUGGUUUAGCCCUGGUUUAGCCCUGGUUUAGCCCUGGUUUAGCCCUGGUUUAGCCCUGGUUUAGCCCUGGUUUAGUCCUGGUUUAGUCCUGGUUUAGCCCUGGUUUAGCCCUGGUUUAGUCCUGGUUUAGUCCUGGUUUAGUCCAUGAUUCACUGCAGCUAUAGUUAAGUCAGAAGAACACAGACACACCUCCAGAUCUGGAACAGAACCUGGGACCUCCUUGCUGUGAGGCCAGUGUGCUAACAUUGCUGCAAAAACUUCAAAGUUCAGAGCCUUCUCCACUGUACCACAUAGUGAAAGCCCUCUGAUCUCCAGAGCUAAGCAGCCAUGAGAUUAACAUGGCAAGUUUGUGGAGUUAUUCCUAACAUUUCAACAUUUGUUGAUAAGAAGUUUGGAGAUUUCUUUAAAAAAAAAAAAAAAACUGAAUCGCCCAUAGUUAUAUAGGCCCCGCCCUUCAUCAGAGAUUGUGACAUCAUCAAAUUCGAGAACAUGAUCACAGCUAACCAACACUGAGAAUAUUGUGAUGGCUGCAGACUCAUAUAUUGUAUUAUUUUAAACCUGAGCAGUGCUUUAUUUUGUUUCUAACCUGUGUUGUCUUCUUAUUUAUAUUAUUUAUAUUUUUUAACAUUCUUCUGUUACACAUUUUCACUGUGGUUCUCUCCAUAUUUUACUUUGCACAUUUUAAACCAAUGAAACAAUUCCUUUUUUCUCUUUCGUCUUGAUGUCUGAUUGGCUGGCGCUAGUGAUGGUGUUUUGCUUCAAAAUACAAUGUUCCGCAAGUUACUUUAUUCUAAAAUGUCAUGGUAAAAAUCAAUCAGUAUCCCUUUAUUUGUCCCUGAGGUUCAGAUUAAGCAUUGAGCAGCAAAAUACAAUAAUGGAAAACUUGAACAAAAGUCUCAGUGCAGCUCAGCAAGUAGAGUCACCCCUCCCCUGUGUCCUGCAGCAUCACAGCAGCCUCCAGGGGGCACCAGGUGAACUCUGGAGACAACAGAAAGCCUCUCCUAAGCCUCACUCUGCUCUGUUGUUUCGUUCAGUGUUGAAAUGGGACAUUCUCCUGGAGUGUUUUUUUCUGCCGUAUUUUGGUGUAGAAAGCCCAUUGAAUUGGUGUAAAAAGUCUGUUGCUAGCGUCAUGCAAGGUCGCCAUGGAUACAGGAAAAAUAAACUGCUCAAAUCACACAAUCCAAUAGGCCUUAACUUCUGUCCUUUUGAGCUGCACAAGCUGCACUUCUUAGUUGGUCAAAAUCCCAAAAUAUUAAGUUAAAAAUUUAAAAAGUUUAAAAACUGCUCAGUGUGAGAGCCGGGCAGCCACAAGAGCAGCCAACCAUGACCAUCGGUGCAGUGUGUUUUUUCACCGCUAAUUAAACUGAAUAACUUGAUCUAAAAUGAUAUAAUUUUGACACAUAAAAUACUCCAUGAGAUCUCAACCUUUAACAGUUUUUAUGAAUGAAGUCAAGCCCCGCUUCUUCACACAGACUGACCAAUCACACAUCUGCAUUUUCCUCUCUUUAUCAUUGAUCACACAUGGACCAAACCUUUCAUAUAUUUUUUCUCUGCAGAUUUUGUUUAUUUCAGAGCUCCACAGUUACAUUAGUGAGCUCUUUCCAACACUUUUCUCUAACCCUCUUCUGUAUCUAUCAAUGCUCUUUCUGAGGGCCCUUCAUUAUUAUUGGCAGUGUUAUUGAUCACAUAUUUAUUGUUUUGGGUGAUUUGGAUCAAACUCAGGUCACGCUGGAGACUUUUGUAUUAUGUUUUGAUUUAAAAUGUGGCUCAAGUGUCUUUAUUGUUUGCUGCUGAUGUGAGAAAAUAAAGUCAU